AUGGCUUGCUCCUCGCAGGACGCAAACAUUGGAACCGUUUGUGGAGGAUUUCCACCAGAAUUCAAGUAUUAUGCUGUCAUUGUACUCGGUCAACCUCUAUCGGACGAAUACAUCGCUCCAUCUAUACAAGAAGUCGCAAAAGGUCUGAAAUGCUGGAAUAUUGAUGGCGAAGAUGCUGGACUAGAUGGAAACAUCUCAGCCCUCGCCCAAGCUGAUCUAAAGACUGAUGAAUCUGGUCGCAGUAGUAUCUGCCAUGCAGGAGAGAACCUGGGCAUUGUGAUGCUAAUUAGUCCUAAUGCCACUGCUGUGAAAGUUGAGCUUCAGAAUCUUUUGUCACAUUCAGCUCAGCACAAGUGCCUAAUAUAUGGAGGUCAUGUGGUUGAGAUCACUGGUGACUGGGUGCUCAGUGAUGAUACAUUCAAUCUUCAAGAUAUCAUUGAUAUCAUUUCUGAAGAAAAUGUUCAGAGUGCCCUAUCUAGUGCUGGUGAAGAGAAGCCAACAUUAUCUGUAUCUGGUUGUCAUUGGCCAGCUGGAACAGUAUCAAAACAAGAAUUUACCAAACUUUUAACUCUAACAUUUAACCCAAGUGACAUUAAAAACGAUGCUCAGAGUAUUCCGCAACUAGUGGAUGCACUAUCCACACAUGUGCAAGUGCCAUCUCCAUUUGACCAAUUAGAGCCACCAACAAUUGGUGUUGGAGUAAAGUGCAAAAUUUCAAAGCCAACUGUACUGAUCUUUCCAGCAGCAAAAGGUGAUUGUGCAUUCUUCGCCGUCAAUGAUUUCAGUAUCUUUAUUGGAGGUGGUUAUCCAGUCAAACCAUGCUUUUGGAAAUUUGCUAAGCACUUACACAGAAUAGAUGCCAUUCUAUUGCCACAUAUGCAGCCAGAUAGUGUCAUUGGAAUAAACAGCUUAUUGGAACGUAAAAUAGCAGAAGCCCAGCUUCCAGAACCUGAAAGAGGAACAGAGGAGUUUGAUGAAUGGCAGAUGAAAUGUAACUCACCAGAAGUAGGUGUUGUUUAUGUCAAUGCCCCAGAAGGAAAAAGCUCACCUAUGAGUUUGGUUCUUAAAACUGUUAGUAGUGGAAACAAAACAAUGCAACUGUUGAGAGAUUUGGACAUUGAACCAAUAAUGUGUACUUCGAAUAGCGGUAAAACAAUUGAACCAAUUACACUUUACCAGAAGGUGGGCAUUGGUAAACUUGAUAUGUUCAUACUAUCACCACCUAAAGAUGCAAAAGAACUGAAAGACUUUAUGCAACAGUGGAGCACCAAUGCAAAAUGUUUCACAAAGGCCAAAACGGGAGUUAGUGUAAAUGGAAAAGAUGGAGAUUUGGUACUCUCAAAUGUUGUGUCUGUUUGUGCCCUCAUUGUAUGGCAGCCAUAUAAUCCAAAUGAAAACAUUGUUAGAGUACUAUUCCCUGGAAAUGCUCCACAAAACAAGAUUUUAGAAGGACUGGAUAGAUGUAAGGAUCUGGAUUUUUUAAAACAUGCAGAUGUCACUAAAAACAAGCUUAAAAGUGGAGGAAAACCUUCAAAAAAAACUUCAGGCCGCACUUCAGCAAAAGGGAAAGUAAAUGGAGCUGUAAAUGGACUAGGAAAACCUGCAAGAGAUUCAAAAGAAGGAUCAAAAAGUAGCCUAGCUGUUACCACCACUAAUGAUGCUCCUUGCACAGAUGGGAUUCAUUGCAAUACUCCUCCACCAGAACUUGCUGAUCGUGUAUGCACUGAUGGAAUUCAUUGCAACACUCCUCCACCAGAACUUGCUGAUGGGGUUUGCACAGAUGGAAUUCAUUGCAAUACUCCUCCUCCAGAACUUGCUGAUGGAAUUUGUACAGAUGGGAUUCAUUGUAAUACUCCUCCUCCAGAACCUGCUGAUGGGGUUUGCACAGAUGGGAUUCAUUGUAAUACUCCACCUCCAGAACUUGCUGAUGGAGUUUGCAAAGAUGGAAUUCAUUGCAAUACUCCUCCUCCAGAACUUGCUGAUGGAAUUUGUACAGAUGGGAUUCAUUGUAACACUCCUCCUCCAGAACCUGUUGAUGGGGUUUGCACUGAUGGACUCCAUUGCAAUACUCCACCUCCAGAACUUGCUGAUGAGAUUUGCACUGAUGGGAUUCAUUGCAAUACACCACCUCCAGAGAUUGCUGAUGGUGGUUGCAAAGAUGGAAUUCAUUGUAAUACUCCUCCUCCAGAACCUGCUAAUGGGAUUUGCACUGAUGGACUCCAUUGCAAUACUCCUCCUCCAGAACUUGCUGAUGGUGUUUGCAAAGAUGGAAUACAUUGCAAUACUCCUCCUCAAGAUGGUAUUUGUGAUGAUGGCAUUCAUUGCAACACUCCUCCCCCAGAUGAGGAAGCUGAUGUUGAAAUUCAGAAGGUAUCAGAAAACAACCUGCCAGAUCCUGUACAGUUUACAAGCCAACAGCCAGAAAUGCAACCAAUAGGCUAUAAUCCUAGUGGUGAUGAUAUUGUUGCUCCAAUAGCAACAAAAGCACCAAUAGAAUCCCCAGAUGAGGGGUAUCCUGCUACAUCGCCAGAUCAGAACACAGCAAACAGUAUCGAUACAGAAACAUCAGAGGAUCAAAUGACAGACCAAUCUGUAGAAGACAUUUCACAGGAAGAAGUAAAUGAGCAAUUGAUUUCAGAAGAACAGGAUAAGAUUGAUGAUUCACCAGACGCUAGUCAGGAUUCCAUUCCAUUAGAUCAUCAACAGCAAGAACCAUGUCCAUGGGAACCGACUAUAGAGCUCUCCAAACAAAGUUCAGAACCUGAAGCUGGAGACCUAAGAAAUGUUGAAACCGUAUGUGAUGAAAAUCAAGAGAAGCAAAUUGAAGCUGAAGAAGUGGCAGUACAAGAAUCAAUCCCAUUGGAUGAGCCAACUGCAUCACAAAAUAUUGCUGUGGAUGAAGAAAAUGACCAUGAUGACUCAUCUGAUGCUGAGUCACAGGCGUCACAGAUUGAAGUUGAACAAACAGAAGAAGUACACAAAGCAGUGCAGAUGGGAGAUGAAGACAUUACUGAAGAUACAAGUACAGAUGUGACUGCUUCUGAAUUUGUUGAUAUUACAGUAGGACACAGUACAGAUCUAAGUUCAGAGACAAUGACUGAGGGUUCCUCAGAUUUUAAAGAAAUUUUAGAUUUAAGUGGUAUUCCUGAUGAAAGCAAGCAUCAAGAACAUAUUGUAGAGGUGGAAGCUGUAGGAACCAUUGCCAUUGCAGUUGAUCAUGAAACGGCAGAAACCAAGGAAGCUGAAACUGUAGAAUUGCAUGAUACUGAAGUAGAAACAGAGGACAAAUCUCUUGGUGAAAUGGCAACAGCAGAAGUCAUUCAUUCCACACCACAGGCUUCUGAAAACGUAGAGAAGAGUAGUGAUGUAGAGAAUAUUCCUGCUGAAGGUACACACCAAGUGUUCGAAGUGCCAGAAGAAAACCUUAUAGAGGAGCCCAAAGAAGUUUAUGCUAUGCAAGAUAAUGAAAAUUCACACCAGCUUGAUCAACAUGAAGAAAUAUAUAAAUCCAACGAUAUGCCCGAGAACACUGAAGAAAAAAUUGAUGAAGUUCAACUGCACGGGCACGUAGUUGAAGCAGAAAUGAUUGAUUCCACUGAUAUGGCCAAGGACACUGAAGAAGAAGUAGACGAAGUGCAACUGCAAGGGGAAGUAGCUGAAUCAGAUGAAGAAAAGCUUUUAAAAGAAAUGCAAGUACGUGAAUUGACAGAUGAUUCUGUAGAAGAAAAAAGUUAUAUGCAAGAAAAAGUCCAAAGUGAUAAACAAGCUGUAACAGAAGGAGCGCUUGAAACAGUAGAAACUGAAGUUGAAACAGGUAUUGAAGAAUUUGAAAGCUUGCCUGAAGAGCCACAUGAUAAACAACUAGAAAGAAGUGAAGAAGCUUUAGAAGAUCAUAAGCAACAAAAGAAUGUUUAUGCAGUUGAAGAAACAGAAAGUAUUGAGGCGGAAAAAGGUGAGGAAGACAUUCUAAGUGGAAUGGUAGAAGUGAUUUCAGAUGAUAUAACUGAAGAAAACAUUGACACAAGUUUUCAGCCACACCAUGUUCACAGUGAAACAGAAGAGGACAAGCCUGAUGAGGCUGAGAAAGAUGAAAACAAACACUCAAAUUUCGAUUUACUAAAUAAGUCGGAGGCAACAGAAAUGUCAGAAGAGAUUUCAAAUGUAGAAUCUAAACAUCAAGAACUUGCAGAUAGUGAAUGUGUGGAUAGAGAGGAGGUUAAACCCGAGGAACAAUUGAAAUAUGAAAAGAUUGAGAUUGCUGUAGCUGGUGAAACAGAAGCAUUCCCUGGCGAAACAGAGAACAUUAAAUUUGAAAAGCCAGCAUCAGAUGAUGAACCUGGUGAAACAAUAGAUAAUCCUCAGGAUGAAACAGAUAUCCAAAGAGAAGAAAAACUUGAUGUGCAAUGUGAAGAGCUUCCAAAAGACGGAGAUGAAUUUGAAAUUGAAGAUACAGAAAUUUCCGAGUCUGAUGAAAAGAAAGUAUACGUUGAAAUACAAGAAGAAGCAGCAGUAGAUGUAGAAAGUGAAAAACCUGUCCAUCUGGAAGAUACAAUGGUUGGGACAAAAGUAGAAGAAUCAGCAAUAGUUUCUGAUUUGCUUGAAGAAAGUCAAACAUUAGAUGAGCAACCUCAAAUUGAUGAGAAGCAAACUGAAGAACCUAAAACAGAACGUACAGAAAUUGAAGAACUAAAAACGGAAGAACUACAAACAGAAGAGUCUGAGCCUGAAGAACCUUCAACCGAACUUGACGAACUACAAAGAGAAGAAAUACAAACCCAGAUGCCACAAACAGAUGGACCACAAACAGCAGACACUGGAGCUGAAGAAUCUGCAACUGAAAUUGAGCAACAACAAAAUGAUGAGACAACAGCAGAAGAAAUAGCAACUGAAUUUAAGGAAUCGCAAAUUGUGGGGGCUAAAACAGAAGAAUCUACAAAUGCAGAAUUACAGGCACCACAGGGAACUGAUGAGCUGCAAACAAGUGACACUGUAUCUGAGGAACAACUAAUUGGGGAACGACAAACAGAAGAACUCAACUUACAAGAAACACAACUUGAAGAACCAGAAUCCAAGGAAACUGAGGAACCACAAUCAGAGAAAACUGAAAAACCAUACACAGAGAUUCUGCAAUCUAAGGAAUCUGAGAUUGAGGAAUUUGAUGAGUCUAUAGAUCAGGAGACACUAGCGGAAGACUCACAGGCAUCACCUGCUGAGGACACAAAGGUAGAUGAACCACAAUCAGAGGAAACUGAAGAACCAUAUACAGAGGUACUGCAAACUAAGGAAUCUCAGAUUGAGGAACAAGAAUUUGACAAGCCUCUAGACAAGGAGUCACUAGCGGAAGACUCACAGGCAUCACCUGCUGAGGACACAAAGGUAGAGGAACCACAAACAGAAGAGCCUGAAACUGAGAAACCAGACAUUGAAGAGCUGGCAGUAAAAGAUACACCAUCGGAUGAAUUACAAACAGAAGAGAUAAAAACUGAAGAAGCAACAACUGAUGAACCCACAGUUACUGAUUCACUAGCUGAUGAACAACAAAUUGUAAAAAUUAAAGAGGAUGAACAGUUGGAAGACGAAGUUCCAAAUGAGAAAAGCCCUAGUGGCGAAAAACUAGAAGAGCAGAGUGAAGAACAAGAGUUUAGUAAAGUCAAUAUUGAAGAGGAAGAAGUAGAAGCAGUUGAUUCAAUUGUAACUGAAUCUAAUGUUAUAGCUCAAAGUGAUGUUCAAGCAGAAUGUGUUUCUGAGGAGCAAAUCACAGAAGGAUUUGUACAGCCAAUGGAGACAGAAACAGAGGAGUCAUUACAACCAAGUACAACAGAAGAGACAGUUGAAACCACUCUACUAGAUGAAGAAGACACAUCCAAGUUGAUUGUUAAAGAACAAAUUACAGAAGAAAAACAAGAAGAACAGGUUACAAAUGAAUUAAAAACAGAUGACACUGAAGAGGUUUCUAGAUCAGUCAUUGAAGUGGAAGAAACAAUUGAAGCAGCAGGUGUUACUGAGAACUAUAGUGAAAAAGAUGAAGAAGACACAUCCAAGUUGAUUGUUGAAGAACAAAUUACAGAAGAAAAACAAGAAGAACAGGUUACAAAUGAAGUAAAAACAGAUGACCCUGAAGAGGUUUCUAGAUCAGUCACUGAAGUGGAAGAAACAAUUGAAGCAGUAGGUGUUACUGAGAACUAUAGUGAAAAAGAUGAGUUGGAUGGUGUGUCUUUUAAUAAUAUACCCAAACCAGUGCAUACAGAAAAACAAGAAGAAUAUUCUCAAGACCAAAUUACUUUGGAUGACAUAGAAUCAUCAAGUCCAGUACAACAUUCCCCAAGCCCUCAAGAAAUCCAAGCAAGAAUGGAUGAAAUGAGAGAUGAAAUGGAAGCAAAAGACCAUCAAGAAAAGGAAAAGACAACGCCAGAGCUUGCACCAACUCCACCCGUCUCCCCAGCAGCAGUAGCAUCCCCUCCCAAGUCUCCUGUAGGAGUUGUUGCCCCAGUUAUUAUACCAGUUGAGGAAAAAACAGAAGAAAAAGUAGGGUCAUCAAAGGCAGAAGCAAAGGUGUCUACCAAAAAGGCAACAUCCACUAAGAAAGCAACACCAAAGAAAGCUGACUCAUCUAAGAAGCCUGCUGCUAAAACAGGUGAUAAGCCUACUAAAUCAACAGCACCGAAACCUAAGCCCGCAACUAAGAAGGCUGAAGUUAAAAAAACUGAUGUUAAGAAAACUGAUGUUAAGAAAACUGAUGUUAAGAAAACCGAUGUUAAGAAAACUGAUGUUAAAAAAACCGAUGUUAAAAAAACAAAUGAGAUUAACAAAACACAAACAGUAAAAAAAACAACAGCUAGUAAAGUUUCUGCCACAAAACCUGCAGAAAAGAAAGCUACAACAAUGAAAGAAAAGACAUCCACAGCAAAAUCUGAAUCUUCUACACCAAAGGCUAAACCAGAAUCAAAGCCUUUAGCCAAACCCACUAGUCUAAAAGCGAGCACUAAAGCAUCUACAACCAAAUCAGCAGCUUCAAAGACAUCUAAUAAAAAGGAAGAAAAGAAAUCAUUUGCAAGUCCUACCAAAGCAUCUGAAAGAAGAAGUACUGCUGAACAGACAGACAGCAAAAAGAAGGUGCCUUCACCUCCUACUGCAGCAUCUAAAAAAACAGAAUCCAAGCGCCCGACAUCAACACCGUCUGGGUCUAAUAAUAAGAAAUCAACCCCUCAGAAGUCAUCUUCAUCCCUAAAAAAGAAUGACUCGAAGAAACCGGACCCAAAGAAAGCACCUAGUAAGGCUGUCAAUGGAAAGUCUGGGAGUACUACUAAAUCUGCAGCAGCUCCUCCAAAAGAAAAACCAAUUCCAGUGAGUGGUCCUCCAGUCUACAUUGAUCUCACCUACGUCCCUAACCAUGCAAGCAAAGAAAACAUAAAUAUGGAAUUUUUCAGGCGUGUCAGAGCCAAGAACUACGUAAUUAGUGGUAAUAAUAAAGGCAGCGACCAACCAAGCUUACAUGUUUUAGAAGCACUUCUCGAAGGAAAGACAAAGUGGGAAGAUAAGGAUUUAGAAGUGACAGUGAUUUCAACCUAUGAUACACAAGUUCUCCAAGAUUGGGAAAUUAAUCGACAAAAAGAACUUGAGAAAGCAAAGAUUAUUGUCUCCCAGCCUGCCUGCUCAAGUGUUGUACAGAUGAAGGAUGAAACAUUCUAUAUGUACAAGGUUGAAUUUUGAAUAACCAGUAGCGUAAUGUUGAAUUUAGUAAUUUAAAAAACGCUAAAAUUAAAUGCUCCCAUGUAAACAGCUGAUAGAGGAAUGUUGUAAGAGUGUAUUGUCAACUUUUUAACAAUACUGCUUAUCACUCAGCUCAUGAUUAGCUACUAGAAGCUAAUACUGGUGACUGAAGAGAACUUCUUCUGUAUCCAUUCGUGAUUCAUUAAGAAGGCUUCACUUAUCUGAUGUAGAGUAGAGUUUUUUUGUGAGUAUACCCAGUGGUCACUUUUAUGUAGAGCUUAAUUUUUUAUUCAUGCCUUGUAUUUUUAGCCUGCAUUAACUAAAAAAAAAAUAUAGGUAGCUCUUGCAUAGAAUUGGUUAUUCGGUUCAUGCAUGUGUUCAGUGUAAAGACAACUCAUCUGCUUAUAAACACAAUUAUUUACGUUUUCAUAUUGAUUGUACUCACUGUCAAUGCCUAUUAGAUAGUAUGAUUCUGCACUUAAAAAAAUGAUGCAAUAUGUAGAAAAAUAGUUGGAUCGCACUCUUAGCCCAAGCCAGACACAUUGCAAUCAAAAUUCUUCCAGGUCUUUUAUUUAUGUGUACUUAAUCUGCUUGAUUCUCAUGCUAAUUUUUGUUUUUGUAAGAUAUAAUUAUUAAAUAUUGAUUUAUUUAUUUGCAAUGAUGUUCUUCUUUGGUUUUACGACAUGAAGGUGCCGGUGUUCCCCAGCAUGCAUAUUAUUAGUGCAAUAGAGGUUUUCCUUUGGAAGUGUAAUUAUUUAGACGCUACUUGAGUAACGUAUAGUUUAUAGUCCAUUAAUUUGCUUGCUUGGUUAAAAGUCAACAAAUCUAUUAAAAUAGUUUAUUUCUAUCAUAAUAAGGUAGAGAAAGGAAUUUUUUUUUGGCAAUUGAAUCUACUGUAUUGAUAAUCAGUAACAUAAAUUAAAUUUAGUUCGGGAAUAUUAUUAUCUUAAUUUGAUAAGCAAAUAUAUAAUUGUGUUAAUGUCAUUUACAUGACUGGUGUAUUUUUGGUCGCUUGUUGCUACAUUUGUGUUCAUAAAUCAUGGUUGAAAAAUGUGGUUUAGAUAUGUCUUACAGUUUCCUAUAGCUGAAAUGGAUUCAAAAUCGUGAGCGCCAGUGUCAAACAAUAGUUUUAAAAGGGCGCUAUACAAAUGACAAUUUAAUAUUAUUAUUGUUAUAAUUAUUAUUAUUAUUAUUGUUGAUUAUUAUUAUUAUUUUGUAAUUAUUAAUAUUUUGUAAUUAUUUAUUUGAAUUUGGUGUUGAAGUUCCUUUAUAUAUCAUGGAUGAUGUAAAUGAAGGUGUAUCGUUCCAUAGUCUAAAAAACUAUAAUUAAGAUUACAAAUAAUAAUUAAAAUAAAAGGCAAAUGAUUGUCCAUCAAAUAAUAAGGAAAUCUUAUUGUUGAACAACGAUAUGUUAAUGCUUAAUCGUGUUAUUAUUUGAAUGAAUAAGGAUUUAAUCCAAUACAAGUAGAAAAAAAUGAAAAAAUUGAGAGUAAGUAGAAAUUGAAGGUUAUGGGUGCAGUUCAAUUUACCAUACUCCCCUGAUUUAUAUCUUAAGUACACUCAUUGUGCAUGAUUGCAUUAUAACUAAUUCAUAGGUAGGCCUAAUAAGUGUUUUGGACAUUAUUGUCUCGUCUAGAGAAAUACUAUGUGGAAUAAUGUAAUUUAUUAAAAGAAAUUUAUUGUGCCAUAUAAUUAAACCAAGAGUAAUAAUAAAAAAAUUUAUAAUAUUUCAACAGAAAGAAGUUUAAGUUUUUCCAAAGGUCAGUAUUACUAUGUUAUAGUAGUAGAAAUUUAAGAGUUGAAGACCUAUUGGAUCUGAUUGUGUGUCCGUACAUUUUCCCAAAACGUUGAGCAUGGUAAAUGUAGGAAUGCUUUCAAAAUAGUUUUAAAAUCAGUGGAAAAAUUAGGCAUCAAAAAAUAGAAUGUUGUUUCUCCUGUAGAUUAACUUUCUGGAAUUAUCUACAUAUUGUAUGUUCUAAUAAUAGGACUUUUAAAUCUAUAAUUGAUUAACAAAAGUGUGGUUUCCUUUGCACUAUAUGAAUAUACACUUGAUUCAAGAAUUUUAAUAUGUAACAUUAUUCAGGCAUGCUUAUAGAAGUUAGAGUAUUCAUUUUAAAAGCUCGUUCCCAAGAUGUUGAAAACUCGCGAUUGUAUUAUUCUGUCCAUGCAUGCUAGAAACUUGCUGUGUUUUACCAAUUCGUCCAUUCAAAUUGUUUGAUAUUUUGAUCACAUUUCAAGUCAAUUCAAUCAAUUUGGUUAGUUUGGGUUAAGCUUGGUUUCUAUACAAUCGCUACAUGCUAUCGCCGACAGCUUUCGGUGAUGCUGAUUGGUCUGUCGAAUCGGGGAAGUUUCCCGAUUGCGUCAGGGACUGCUGCGCAGUACAACAAUUGUAUUGAAAACAUUGUAGCGACAGUGUAGCGAUUUUCAUGAAAUUAGGCUUAACGGUUAUUGCAUAAUGUGUAGUAUGCAAAAUGUAUCUAUUGUGUUUAUAUAAGUGAAACAUGGAAUUAAUAACAUUUAGUGGAACCAGAGAAUUCGGGGUAAUAAAAGCUGUAAAAGUUAAAAUUGAAAAUGUGAAGGGAUUUUAAUACAUGUUGAACUACGCAAUUGUAUACAAGAAUUAAGUGUUAAGUUGUGUGGACGCUCGUAACAAUUUUGAUUUUUCUGAAAUCAAGUGGUCUUUAGACACAAUGAGAGGUAGAAUCUGGUGAAAAAGAUGUUUAUUUUGAUGAUUAAUAUAAUUAUGUAAUUGUAUUGGGGUUUUUUUACAUAGGACUUUCUUUAUUAGGACGUACAAAUAUUUUUAAAUGCCUCUUAUUAAUGGCCUCUUUAUUUCUGGACAGCACACACUGGUAAAAUACAUAGUGAUACAUUUUCAACACUAAUUAGUAUUUAAUCAAACAAGUUGUUUACUAGUUCUUACAAAUUUCACUGAAUUAUAUAGUCAAUGUUACAGUCUUUCAAAACAUCUAACUGCACAAUAAUGCUUUACAUUUUAAUUGCCUGAACUGCAUGAUGUUUCUAUAUUCAUAUUUACUCUUAAAACAUUAUAUUAUGAACCAACACAACAUGCUGAAGAAUAUUACUUGAUAUAGGAUUUGAGAUAUAAACAUAACGUUCUUUAGCCUUUUAAGAAUUAUUAUGUAAUCAUUUACUUCAUAUUGUUAUGGCUUAAUUGGAUGAAUGUUAUUGUGACCCACACUCUGCCUGUAGGUGUAUUUAGUAAAUUAGAAAUUCAUGAUCUACUGAUAGAUAUAACACAUGCGAAAGAAAUGUUAUGCUAAAUCAUGUUAGGUGCAGGUGUGUUCACUGUGUAAAUUAGGGGGAAUUGUCAUUGAAUUUUCAAUUUGCCAUCGUUGUACCGCUUUAUUUGAUUUUAAGACUUCCGUAAAUAUCGUGCUUAUCAACUGCGGCUUGGAAUAAGAUCUCGAAAAUAACGAAAAGGUUUUUGGUGUGCUCUUUUGGUGGCGCGAGUUUGUAUAUGUUAUUGAUGCAAUGUACUGCUUGCAUGAAAUAAAGAUAAAAUAAAGUAAAUUUA